AUUUGUAGUAAGUCCUUAUAUGGUAGUUGUGGUCUCAGCACAGCAUAUGUAGAUAUACGCACGCAUAUACUUUUUUUAGCCUUUUUUUCUUUUUAAUAAAUCACACUCAUUCUCUUCUUUUUCUAUGUUUGACUUUAUAUACAACUUACUGGACAACAACAACAACACAGCUUCAGAUUCUUCCAAACUAAAAGUCUAUGUUAAUGUAUAUGAUAUGAUUCAACCGAAUUACAUUACUCAAUUUGGCUAUUAUGCACUUGGUGUUGGUGUAUUUCAUUCAGGUGUAGAAAUAGGAGGAAAAGAAUACUGUUUUGGUGGUCAUGAAAUACCUCAUGUUACGGGUGUAUUUGUCGUUGAACCCAAGAUUGGUAUUCCAGAACUUACUUUAAAACAAACAUUUGAUAUGGGUACAACACACUUGACAGAAAAAGAGAUUGAAGAGCUGCUCGUUAAGCUAUCAAACGAAUUUGUCGGCCCUUCUUAUAAUUUACUUGCCAGAAAUUGUAACCAUUUUACAGAAGAAUUUGUAGAAAAACUCACUCAUAAAUCAAUACCAUCCUGGAUCAAUCGUGCUGCUAAACUAGGAGCCAUGUUUCCUUGCAUGGUGCCUUGGGAAUGGAUUCAGCCACCUGAAUUUGAAGAAGAAGCCGAGCAAGAAGUCGAAGAAGAAGAAGAACAAGAAGGGCCAAACUCAAGAAGAUCAUCUACUAUUUCAUUGUUAUCGAGCAGUAAACGGCCAAGAUCAAACAUCACAUAUCAAAGCACUGCAAAUCAUGAUCAUAGCACCAAAAGCAAUGCCACUGUUGCUCAUAGUAGUAAUAGUCAAUUUCAAAUUACCAAAUUUCAAGGCAUUAUUCUGCCUGAAGACGAACCUACAUCAUGAAAUUGUCUUUAUUAUAAUACAUUUUUUUUCACUAUUCU